UGGCGGCGGCGUUGGUGGUGGCAGUGGACGGGGCGGAUGGGCUUGGAACCGUCGGAGGAACUGUUGGCAGAAGGAUGACCCGAGACUGGAAACAGGCUGCUGAGCCUCGCUGGCUUCCGUGCUUGUAACUGCCCCAGCCGGACAUCCCCCCCCUUGACCUACUCGUCCUUCAGUAAAUCUACAGACCUAUUUUCUCAGAAGCUCAGCCUGGCCUUAACUUCAGUCAUAAAGGAGGAAAGGCUGGCUACAACAAAUACCAUUCAAGAUGUCCAGCAAAGGGAGCAGCACAGAUGGCAAAACAGACUUAGCUAAUGAAAGCCUGUCCAGCAGUCCAGAGGAGAUGUCUGGAGCUGAAGAGGGAAGAGAGACAUCCUCAGGCAUUGAAGUGGAAGCCUCGGACCUAAGCCUUAGCUUGACUGGGGAUGAUGGUGGCCCCAACCGUACCAGCACAGAAAGUCGAGGGACAGACACAGAGAGCUCAGGUGAAGACAAGGACUCUGACAGCAUGGAGGACACUGGUCAUUACUCCAUCAAUGAUGAAAAUCGAGUCCAUGACCGCUCAGAGGAAGAGGAGGAGGGAGAAGAGGAGGAAGAAGAGCAGCCUUGGCGCCGUUUACAGCGCAAGCGGGCCAACCGUGAACAACAGGACUCAUCAGAUGAUGAGCGGGCCCUAGAGGACUGGGUGUCCUCAGAGACAUCAGCCCUGCCCCGACCUCGCUGGCAAGCUCUUCUUGCCCUUCGGGAGCGAGAGCUAGGUUCAAGUGCCCGCUUUGUAUAUGAGGCUUGUGGGGCAAGAAUCUUUGUGCAGCGUUUCCGUUUGCAGCAUGGGCUUGAGGGCCAUACCGGUUGUGUCAAUACCCUGCACUUUAACCAGCGUGGCACCUGGCUGGCCAGUGGCAGCGAUGAUCUGAAGGUGGUGGUGUGGGAUUGGGUGCGGCGGCAGCCAGUACUGGACUUUGAGAGUGGCCACAAAAGUAAUGUCUUCCAGGCCAAGUUCCUUCCUAACAGUGGUGAUUCCACCUUGGCCAUGUGUGCCCGUGAUGGGCAAGUGCGGGUAGCAGAACUGUCUGCUACGCAGUGCUGCAAGAAUACCAAGCGUGUGGCCCAGCACAAGGGUGCUUCCCACAAGUUGGCCCUAGAGCCAGACUCUCCCUGUACGUUCCUAUCUGCAGGUGAAGAUGCAGUUGUUUUCACCAUUGACCUCAGACAAGACCGGCCAGCUUCGAAACUGGUGGUGACAAAAGAGAAGGAGAAGAAAGUGGGGCUUUAUACAAUCUAUGUGAAUCCCGCCAAUACCCACCAGUUUGCAGUCGGUGGACGAGAUCAGUUUGUAAGGAUUUAUGACCAGAGGAAAAUUGAUGAGAAUGAGAACAAUGGAGUGCUCAAGAAGUUUUGUCCUCAUCACUUGGUGAACAGUGAGUCCAAAGCAAACAUCACCUGUCUUGUGUACAGCCACGACGGCACAGAGCUCCUGGCCAGUUACAAUGAUGAAGACAUUUACCUCUUCAACUCUUCUCACAGUGAUGGGGCCCAGUAUGUUAAGAGAUACAAGGGCCACAGAAAUAAUGCCACAGUAAAAGGCGUCAACUUCUAUGGCCCCAAGAGUGAGUUUGUGGUGAGCGGUAGUGACUGUGGGCACAUCUUCCUCUGGGAGAAGUCAUCCUGCCAGAUCAUUCAGUUCAUGGAGGGGGACAAGGGAGGCGUGGUAAACUGCCUUGAGCCCCACCCUCACCUACCUGUGCUGGCAACCAGUGGUCUAGACCAUGACGUUAAGAUCUGGGCACCCACAGCUGAAGCUUCUACUGAGCUUACAGGGUUAAAAGAUGUGAUUAAGAAGAACAAGCGGGAGCGGGAUGAAGAUAGCUUGCACCACACUGACCUGUUUGAUAGCCAUAUGCUCUGGUUCCUCAUGCAUCACCUGAGACAGAGACGCCAUCACCGGCGUUGGCGAGAAUCUGGGGUUGGGGCCACAGACGCAGACUCAGAUGAGUCUCCCAGCUCCUCAGACACAUCGGACGAGGAAGAGGGCCCUGACCGGGUGCAGUGCAUGCCAUCCUGAGGCCUCACACCCAGGAGGAGUGGGCUGGGGCUACCAGCCCAAUCCUGCCUGGGCAGCCCUUUCCUGUCCCGGCCCCAUCAACAGAAACGCACUUUGGACUUCUUGCUUUAGGUGAAAGAAAGACAUCCCAGGAGGACAAACCAGAAGGGAACAAACCAUUGACAGAGAGUACUUAGGAGUGGGAGUUGAGCCCUGGAAUAGGGUUCCAUGGAAAGGUACAUAGGACUCAACAGAAAUGGCCUUUCCCUAAAGCUUUUUGUGGGGGGACUGGGAGCCUAUUUUGUUAAAUGGUUUGGGGUGGGGAAUGGGGUUUCUUUUUCUUUAAUCCCUUGUUUCUUGGGUGGGGGUUGGGGGAGGCAACUGGCUAUUCACUUCCAGGGGGCCAGAGUCAGGGGUAGGAGUGCCACUCUCUCUUUGGUUUAGGUUUUUGACCUUUUUUCUCUUUAUUUUUAAAAUGUCUAUGAUAGUUUCAUUGUUUUUCCCCCUGAGUAACCCCAUACCAGGACCCUCCUUUUCUGGGAAGUCCUUAGAGCCCCUGACCAUCCCAUAGUCUUUAUUUUCUUUUCCAUCUCAUUCCUUCUCUGUACUUAUCAGUGUUUUGCACUUAAUUAUGUAUCCUUCACUCUUUUCUCUUCAUCUCAUCACCCCCUAAAUAGGUCUGAUGAGGGAGGUUGGGUGGAGGUGGGAGGAGCAGAGCUGGAGGAAGAAGAGGAAGGAUGUUACCUCUUCUGUUACUUUAAAAAAAGAAAAAAGUCUGUUUUGUGGCAGCAAUCUCCCUGUCCCUGUCACUUUUAGGGGCCUAAUUUUAUAACUAUAAAUAUAUUAAAAAGCAAGUCAAACUUGGAUGUAUCAAGUUAAAAUUAUUGUCAUAGUUUAAAUAUCUAUAUAUUCUCUGAAUGCAAUAAAGGGACUUAAAGAGAGAGUGAGCGAGAGUAAUGAUGUGCGGGUGACUCCUGGGGUCAACCUAUAUCCUCUAUGGUAUGGUCGUUAAAGAUUGGAGCUUACUCUUUAGCUUUUAGGAAGCCCUUCCCCAUUCCCUGCCUUGGUUUGGGGUUGGAAAAAACAGGACAUUGCUCUCAGCUCUGCCUCAGGUCUCCUACCUCUCCUUAAGUCUUGCGGGGGUUCCCAGAGAGCCUCUUCUUCCCAGAGGCUGACCCGUCUUUGAAACUUGACUGAAAUAUGACUUCAGGAAGGGUGCCACCACUGCAAACUGUCUCUCUCACUACUGUGUGUGAUUGAAAAGACACACACACACAUGCACACACACACACACACACUCUUAUCUUUAGCUGCUUGAUUCUUGAAGCCAUCCAGCCCUAUACCAGCUCCCUUCCUAAUGGAGUAGUGAAGGGAAAGACCUGGAUUUGGCUUUUUACCUUGUCCACUUCUUGAUACCUUGGAAUUGAAGGACAAGGACAAGUUGUUAAUCUAAUAAUUGACUAGGGUGACUGGGGCUUGGAAACCUCAGUCAUAUAUUAUUUGUCACUGAGUAUGAAAAUUGCAGUUGAAUUCUUUCCCUUAAAUGCUUUUGCUGCUAUUUCUUUGCCCCCAGCCUCCACAAGAUCUAGCCAGCAAUUCAAGGUCAUAGACCAGACCAGGAAGGAGGGCAAGAGUGAAAGAAUGGUAUUCCUAGACACUCCUUCCUCCUGCCCCUUUUCCUAGCAGCUCUCAGACCAGAUGUUAGCUGUUGCACUUCCCCUCUGAUGUAAGCAACGUGUGGUGACUGAGUGGUCUGUGUUCCUAUUGCUAGUGGGGUGAUGGGAUGGGCUGAAAAUCAUGCACUCUGGAAUUUGUUGUAUUUUCUCUCAGUAAAGCCUUCUUUUUCUGA